UAAGCUGGAAGCAGGGCCGACACACGACAUACUCUACUUAGCCGUCGCUACCGACACACGCGCACGCACGCUGGCACACACUCACGCACGUGUGCAUUUGCCCACCCACUGGUAUCCUACAGUAGUUGUUGAUAAGGUUGCGUGCAUUCCUUCAGUGAUAUCGCAAAGUGCCUUUUUUCCGUUUUGUGCCCAGUUGGUCAGACCUCAAGAAGAGACUGAUAGGAAGUAUCCUUUACAAGUGCGGAUAUAAUACGAGAAUAUCUGGUUCUAGAAGAGACCUGACUUGCGUCUAAUACCACGAGUGUCGGUUGACUUCAAGGAAAAGCAGAGCGCGCUUUACUUAACAAUUUUUCGUUACUUUAACCGAGUGUUAAGAAUCCGUUCUCUGCUGCGAGAGGGGACCGAGAGGGGACCGAAACUAAGCUGAAAAGGUUGGUCAAGAAAGCUGCUGAGUGUGUCAGCUUGAAUCACCACCAUUUCCCUGAGCGACUGGAGGUGUUGUACCUCCAACAUAACCGCCAACAUUUGCAACAUGAAGAGAACUUUGAGUGAGAGUGAUUGCGACGACAUAUACUCCGCAGAUGAGAAAGACGAGGAAUGCGGCAGCAGCGGAGGGGGCGGGGGAGGAGGAGGAGGGGGCGUGUCCCGCAAGCGGCGACGCGGCAUCAUCGAGAAGCGGCGGCGCGACCGCAUCAACAACUCGCUGUCGGAGCUGCGGCGCCUGGUGCCGGCCGCCUUUGAGAAGCAGGGCUCGGCCAAGCUGGAGAAGGCCGAGAUCCUGCAGAUGACCGUCGACCACCUCAAGAUGCUCCACACCAAAGGCCUGGACGCCCUUGCCUACGACCCGAACAAAUUCGCCAUGGACUACCACAACAUCGGCUUCCGGGAAUGCGCGGCGGAGGUCGCCAGGUACCUGGUGACCAUCGAGGGCAUGGACAUCCAGGACCCACUGCGCCUGCGCCUCAUGAGUCACCUGCAGUGCUACGCCGCCCAAAGGGACCUCGCCAACAAGCAGGCAGCCUCCUCCUGGGGCUGGGGUUCGCCCCAACCUCCUCCUCCUCCUCCCCCGACGGCUUCGACCUACACCCCGGGGUCGUCCCUGUCAGGGACUUCGCUCUCCGGAUCCUCGCUUCCGGGGUCGUCCCUCUCGGGAUUCCAGGGGCACGUCCUCUCCCCCCACGGCACCGCCGCCCCCGCCCCCGCGCCCCACCACCACCACCCGUCCAGUGUGUCACACCACGUUCCCACAGGGUUAGACCAAAGCCACGGCAUGUCGGCCUUCAGCGCCCCGUCGACGAGCGUUCACCAGGACGUAGGAGGGGGAGGAGGACCCACCAGCACCUGCCUGGGGACGCAAGGGGGUUCGAGAGUGCCCAGCACGGGGGCGGGGGCGCCCCACGUGCCGCCCGUGAGCAUGGCCACGGCCGGUACCCAGCACACGAACUACCACCUGAAUCUGAAUGCGCACGCAUUCCCCGCCAAUCCCUCCUCCAACCUGCCCAAUCUCAGCCUCUCGAACCCGGGGACUCUCAAUCCUGCAGGAUACAAUCCUUCCUUGCAAGGAAGCACGCCCGGGGUCAAGCCUUACAGGCCCUGGGGCGCUGAGAUCGCUUAUUAACUUCAGGAGAGAGUUAUUCUCACGCCAUUUCUCCCCAUGCCUCAAGUCGGAUUUCUAACUGUCGCUCAGUUUGAAGCUAUUUUCAUUCUGGUGGAAAUAAUAAUAAUAAUAAUAAUAAUAAAACAUAGAUAUGUUUACGCAUGCUAUAAUACGCAACACGAAUGGGAGAAUGGCCGUGAAACCAGAAGUAUUUUUUUGCCUGUGAUGUUUUAUCUUAGGGACCAAAAUCAUCAUCGCUUUCAUUCACAAACAUCAGCACUUCAUGUACAAAAAAAAAUUAUUCAUUGCAUAUACAUACACUCAGAAAAUGUCAUUACACAUCAUUAGUAUAAGUACACUUGAGAAAUUAUAUAAAGACAAAAAAAAAAAAAAAACCUUCAAGGCACGUCAUACUUUUAUAGGCUUUUUUUUUUUUUGUAAAUAUGAAAGGUUAUUAUCAAUUUGAAGAUUACUACGCUCUUCAAUAACCAUACUUGCUUGUUCGUUUAUUCUAGAGAAUUGUCUCAAAAUCUUAAGAUAAUGACAGGAGAUAUAUUUUGUGCCCAGAACUCAUUGCUCAAAGAUGCCUUGAUUUAAAUUUGCAUCCUUUUUUUGGUCAUACCCCUAAAUCGUUGACUUUAAAUGUCUUCUUGCAUAAGCAAAUACUAUUGUGAUUAUUAUUCAAAAGAUGAAACCUAUUGAUAUGGACCAAGCCCACCAAAGGGGCCACUGACUUGAAAUCGAAGCUUCCAAAGAAUAAUAUGGUGUUAAUUCAUUAGGAAGAAAUAAGAAGAGACCCAACUUAUUAAAAAGGUAAAAAAUGAAUUAAUAAAUUCCUACUAUGCUGUAUGAUGCCCAAGAAAGGAAGCAAAUUUAUCUGUACCCAGUCCACAAAUUCAACCCCCCAGCCCCAACCCCCACACUAGCUUUAGUGCAAUAUUUAAGAAUUCACCCUGUACAUAUUUUGUAUCAUAAAUUUUGUAAAUGAUCUCAUUUUAAAAUGACCUUUUUUUCACGAUUCCUUUUUUUUAUAUGAAUUAUGAAUAAAAGUUACAAAAGUUGA